AUGUCUCACGGUGCUAACGACUUCUACUACUCUCCUAAAUACGAGGACGAUGAAUACGAAUACCGACAUGUACACGUUACAAAGGAGGUGGCCAAGCAAGUGCCGAAGAACCGCUUGUUGAGUGAGACCGAAUGGCGAUCACUCGGUAUCCAGCAAUCGCCAGGAUGGGAACAUUACAUGAUUCACGGCCCUGAGCGUCACGUCCUUCUGUUUCGCCGUGCCCUUCCUGGCAAGAUCCUCAAGACGAAGAACGGGACAGCCAGCAAGUUGACCGCCGCUCAC